AAACGACAUACCUCGUUUGUCGUUUGGCACCAUAUUUGAAAGCAGCCUCAAAAUUCGUGGUCGAAACGAGAUCCACAAAUCGGAAAACCCAGAGCGCCGUCGAAAACCGCCGUUUGCGGCGGUAGCACUCGCCUUUGUGUCCUCUUUAUCUGCGACGGAGCCUCUCUCGGCUUCUCACUCUCCGAACGCCGAACGCGACACCGAAACGAAACGCCGAAAACUCGAUUUCGCAAUGGAAGAGUUGGAGCAAUGGAAGGAACAGCUUUCUCACUACUGUAACCUAGCUGUGGAUCGUCUUCGCGAGGUUCCCCCCGAUCAGCUCUAUGCUGCUGCUGCUAUCGCGAUUUUCACAACGCUGCUUCUUCUCUCGCUGAGGUUGUUCAAGCGUGCUAAGUCAAACACCGUUGUGUUGACCGGGCUCAGCGGGAGUGGAAAAACUGUUAUCUUCUAUCAGCUUAGGGAUGGCUCUACUCAUCAGGGUACUGUUACAUCAAUGGAACCUAAUGAAGGCACUUUUAUUCUUCACAGUGAGAAAACAAGGAAGGGCAAGAUAAAACCUGUUCAUAUUGUUGAUGUUCCUGGGCAUUCUCGGCUUCGACCCAAACUGGAUGAGUACUUACCUCAAGCAGCUGGGAUAGUUUUUGUGGUCGAUGCUUUGGACUUCUUACCAAACUGUCGUGCUGCUUCAGAGUACCUAUAUGAUCUAUUGACUAAAGGAAGUGUUGUGAAGAAGAAGAUUCCAGUGCUUAUCCUCUGCAACAAAACAGACAAAGUCACUGCUCAUACAAAAGAGUUUAUCCGAAGACAGAUAGAGAAGGAAAUAGACAAAUUACGGGCAUCAAGAAGCGCAAUAUCAGAUGCUGACAUUGCAAAUGAGUUCACCCUGGGGGUACCCGGCGAGCCAUUUUCUUUUACCCAGUGCUCUAACAAAGUAACAACUGCAGAUGCUUCUGGUUUAACUGGGGAGAUAUCUCAGCUGGAAGAGUUUAUCAGAGAACAUGUAAAGCAAUAGCUGGGUAUUGGGUUUAAACUCAGAUUUUGUUGAAUUGAACGAAUGAGUAGCGUUUUUUUUUUUUUUUUUUUAUCUUGGUUACUUAGAUUUCAAUGUGCUGUUUGGAUGAGAAGAGGCUAAAAUGAGAAAGGGGUUUGGGGUUGGGGUUGUUUGGAGUAGGAAUGACUAUGUUGGGAGCAAUGAGGAUUUACUUCAUGGUAAAUCCUGGUAUACUUAUUAGACUUUAAUGAUUCAUCCAAUUGUAUCGGUACUUUGUAUUUACUUUUAUCUGUUCUCUUC